GAUUUUGUAUUAUUGAUAGUAUUUGUAGCAUAAAAUGAGCAAAAUUAGGUAAAUAUAUGUAUAGAAGUGAUUUGUCACAACUGCCUCGCAGUCCGUUGUUGCAACUGAAGUGGGCGUGUAAGUGGGCUAGAGAUCGCGUGCAGAAAUGUUUUGUACUCAGAGCUGUGAGCAUCAUAUCAAUGCGACCUCAUCCGGUCGAGUUUUGGGCUCGAAUGGUGGGCAGCAGCAGCAGCAGCAACAGCAGCAGCAGGUGCAACAGGCGCAGCAGCAGCAAGGACAAGAGCAACAGCCAGAGCAACAAAAUGUCAACAGGAGCUUUGCUCUGAUACCAGCGCCAGGACUCGGGGCAGUUGCAUCCCAGCUAGGCGUUUGCAUUGUGACCGAGACUCCAGAGGGUUUAAGCUUCGACUGCAAUGUUCCAUUGCCCAAUUGUUACGACUUCGAUACGGGCAACGAAUCAAUGUCAGUCAAAACUCCGCCGGGCAGCCCAUUUUCCUUUCAACAUAUCGACAGCCCCUUCGAGGCGCCACUGCUGUACCAGGCGGCUGCGCAGCCGUGCCCGGAAGAGCAGCCACUGUCGAGGGACAGCCAGUACACGCAAUUUGAGAAUGACUGCCAAAUGGAUCGCUCACAGACCGGAAAGCCGCAGCAACAGGCAGCGGUGCAUAACAUGCAAUCCCUACAGCAGAUGCAGCCGCCACAAUUUCAUCUGCAACUGCCCAUUUUGUUUGGCAGCAUUCAAUCUGCGCCUGCUCCGUGCACGCAUCAACUGACUUCGUUUUGUGGUUUCUCCCAAACUAUAGGCCAACAGCCUUGGCCACUGCAACAGCAGCAGCAACAGCCGCAGCAGCCUGCACAGUGCGAGUGUCCACAGCUGGAGCAGCAGCAACUCCCACAGCAACAGCAACAAGUGCAGCAACAACAACUGCCGCAGCAACUGCCACAGCUGCAGCCCUGCCAAAUCCAGUUAAUACCAACUUUUCUGGGUGAUCAGUCAACAGUUGGAAGGAGCUUUGAUCUGCCCUGUCGUAUUAUGGGAGUCCAAGGGACUGGCGCAUGCACGAACCCAAUGCAGCCCAUAUUUAUCCUGGAAAUCCUGCCCCAAGAGCGUGCCACGCAAGAAACUAAGGAGCUGAAUCAACAAAGCUUGCCCAUGCCAAGUAUGUCCUCGGUCGCAAAGUGCGCAACAGAAACACCAAGGAAGUCAGCAACCUGGGCACCAAUGAACACAUCCUAUCCGUGUACCUCAUCACCACCAGCAACUCCUCCCAAAUCGAUAUGCAAGAGAGUCGCCUCCAAUGUAACGACUGUGAGCACUGGUCAAAAGUCUCGAAAGUCAGAGACUUGUUUUUCGCAUCGGCUCUCGGGUUGUAGAACGCCAAAUUCCUUGGCAAAUAGAAAUCGCAAUGCAAAAGCAAGAGGAAAUGCACUCGAAAAUAGAAACGGAAAUUCACAGAGCAAUGGAAAUGGCUUUGCACACAGAAGCGGAACCAUCUUGGGAAGUAGAAAUUGUAAUGGAAUUGGGAAUAGAUAUGAUAGUAAAGACGCUUACAGAACAGCCAAUGGAUGCACGAUGGCAAAUAGAAACGGGAAUACCAAUGCUUGUGGAUAUGGUAAUGCAACCACCUAUGGGCGGGCUAGUGCAUAUGGUCACGCAAGAGCCACUGCCAAUUGUAGUGGAAAUGAAUGUACCAACAAUGGCUGGUAUCAUCCACGCUGCUCUUAUUGGCGUUAUCCGGCGGGCGGUCGUCAAAGCGGUGAAUGGAACCAGAGAUUCUAGAGGCUUACGCUUGAGAUGCUGUCAAAAACCUCCAUCCAGAAGGUAAUAGUAUCUAUCCAAUGAAAUGAAAUGCAAACUGAGUAUACAUAUAAA